AUGUUUUCCGUACCGGCGGCGGGCGAGCUGUGCACCGUGAACGAGGUCGUGACGCCGUGCAGCGUGGACGCCGCCGGCCGCUUCGUGUGCGUGAAGAGCGCGACCAAGGGCCAGUGCGUGGACUGGUCGUCACAGAACAGGUGCCUCGGCGGUUCGGGCAGUCGCUUCAGGACCCUCGCUGGCUGCGAGGCCGUGUGCCGAGCCGAAGGCCCCGGAGGCUGCCGUUCGCCCCAGGCCUGCCUCUGCUCGGGAGCCUUCCGUGCGACUAACUACGUGUUCGACGGCGAGCUGCAGCAGUGCCGGCUGCUGCCCGAACACCGCUGCCUGGACCGCGAGCAGGGGUUCACGGAUCGCAGGCGGUGCGAGGAGACAUGCCGCGUGGGGUCGGGCGCAGGCGGCCAGGAUGGUCGCUGCCAGGCGCGCCCGGUCGAAGGGCUGCUGCGCCAGUGCCGAUGGUCGGAUCAGCGAUUCACCUUCUACUACGACGCGUCGACCAAGCGCUGCCGGCGCUGGGAUGACGGCGCUUGCGUGAGCGGGGCGCACGCCCUGCUCCAGGACUGUCUGGCACAUUGCUGA